AUGGCCGACUAUACCAUUAAGCCCGAGAGCGUGAAGCCGCUGAACGACACGCUGGACUGGCCGUUGUUGUUGAAGAACUACGACAAGUUGUUGGUGAGACUGGGGCACUACACCCCGAUCCCCGCCGGGCUGACCCCGUACAAGCGCGACCUCCAGUCGUACGUGCUGCUGGGGGUGAUUAACUUGGACAAGCCCUCCAACCCCUCCUCGCACGAAGUCGUCGCCUGGAUCAAGCGUAUCUUGCGUGUGGAAAAGACCGGUCACUCGGGUACUUUGGACCCCAAGGUCACUGGGUGUCUUAUCGUGUGUAUCGACCGGGCCACUCGUUUGGUCAAGUCGCAACAGGGUGCCGGUAAGGAGUACGUGUGCAUUGUCAGAUUGCACGAGCUGUUGGACGAUGCCAAGGACAUGGGGCGUGCCCUUGAAAACUUGACUGGUGCUCUUUUCCAGAGACCUCCUUUGAUUUCGGCCGUCAAGAGACAGUUGCGUGUCAGAACCAUCUACGACUCCAAGUUGAUUGAAUUCGACAACGAGCGGGGCUUGGGUGUCUUCUGGGCCCUGUGUGAAGCCGGUACCUACAUGAGAACCCUCUGUGUCCACUUGGGGAUGUUGUUGGGUGUCGGUGGCCACAUGCAAGAACUUAGACGUGUUAGACUGGGGGCCAUGGACGAAAACGACAACUUGGUCACCUUGCACGACGUGUUGGACGCUCAGUACGUCUACGACAACACCCGUGACGAACUGUACCUUAGAAAGAUCAUCCAGCCUUUGGAAUCGUUGCUUGUCGGCUACAAGCGGGUGGUGGUUAAGGACCUGGCGGUCAACUCGGUGUGCUACGGGGCCAAGCUCAUGAUCCCCGGUUUGCUCCGUUACGAAGACGGCAUCGAAUUGUACGACGAAGUGGUGUUGAUGACCACCAAGGGUGAAGCCAUCGCCAUUGGUAUUGCCCAAAUGACCACGGUUGACUUGCAAUCGUGCGACCACGGUGUUGUCGCUAAGGUCAAGCGUUGCAUUAUGGAAAGAGACACUUACCCCAGAAGAUGGGGCUUGGGUCCCGUCGCUCAAAAGAAGAAGCAAAUGAAGGCUGACGGCAAGCUCGACAAGUACGGGCGCACCAACGAAAACACCCCGGCCUCGUGGAAGCAAGAAUACAAGGACUUGGACGACGAACCCGCCCCUCCUGUCCCUGCUGACAAGUUGGCUGCCCCCGAGGUCCAAUUGCCCAAAAAGACUUUGAUCGAGGAAGUUGACGUUGACGUCGAAAAGAAGGACAAGAAGAGAAAGCGUGACGAAGACAACGACGACGACGAAGAGAAGGUCCUGAAAAAGGAAAAGAAGGAAAAGAAGGAAAAGAAAGAAAAGAAGGAGAAGAAGGAAAAGAAGGAGAAGAAAGAAAAGAAGGAGAAGAAGGAAAAGAAGUAA